CUCUCGUUCUUUUGGCCUCGACUUCUACAGUUGUAUCAGCUCCUUUUUUCCACGUCCAUUCGUUCGAUAAUCUCCAGUCAAGAUACCAUGCCCUCUCUUCUGUCCUUAGUCCUCGCUAGCGUGAUGACCUACUCUGUCCUAGCUAGCAUCUCGUCUCCCAAUUACCUCCCCUUUGAACUUGAGAAACGCGACUGCGGCUUCAGUUACUGCGAUUGCCAGAGAGUCCAGUGUUUUCUCGACUUUUGCUUCGACGAUCACGUAGAUCCCUGGGUUCUGGUCGACAGUGCCAUGAACCAGUAUUACGGGGUAGACUGUGGUCAGUUUGAUUAUUGGAAACGCAACGAGCCUGCUGAGUAUUGUAACAACGGACUGCGUAAGGGCAACGCUCUUUUCUACAUUAAUCGCAAGUUCGGCUCGCUCGGUAAAUCCUUUACGGUCGAUUACAAGAACACAGACGCCAAGAACCCGAACCGCGGCUCUGUGUCCGGAUCUUGCUACCCAGUCCAGGACGUGCAGUGUAAAUGCCACUCGCGUUACAAUGCUGAGAAGCAUGACUGCUCAAGAAGCUGCGAUAAUUAAGAAGUUUGGAGCCGCCAACUAUACAAUGGACUGUACUCCGUCAGAGUGGACAACAUGAAGCGGCCAGAAGUGGUAGAUGAGGAGGACGGCGGCACUAUGGUUGCAGUGUCAGAAGCUUUCAACAAGAAAAUAAGAUCAGUCACUAAAAUACCCUGCACAAGUAAGAAAAAAACAGCGGAGACGUAUAUGUCAAUAGAUGUAUUUCUGACUGUAAGGAAAGGCUUGUGUGAUC